CAAUCAAAGACCAGCUGUUUGCAGUGAACAUUGAAUUAUUUAAGUUGCAGUAUUCAAGCGUAAAGUAGAUCAGUCCUGUGGAAAGGGUUAGAGCGGCUUGGGAAGAGCAUCAAAAGAUCCCCUCAGAAGAAAGGCCUCCGUCGGUGAAACUGGAACACAGAAGACUUAUGUUGUAGAGCAAAAAAGAGGUUGGGCGUAUAUAUUUAUAUGUACAUGCUUGAUUUGAGCUGGUGCUUUUCGUCUUGAAUCAGUUAGUCACCAGACUCAUUACUAUCAAGGAGAAGGUCAGGAGCAGAAAUUUGUCCUCCAGGAAUCUUGGAGCAGUUUAAGGCUUUCGACGCAAGCUUGUUAGCAAGGUCCUGGAUUUCCAGCCAUGGAGAAGAAGAAAUGGAUUCUUACAGUUGUGUUAGCCCUCAUCGUGGCAAUGCUGCCUUUGACUUUUCGAAUCCUGGAAUCGCAUCAAGUUCAGCGUUUAUAUACGGGGGAACUAACAGACAUGAUACUCGGAAAGCUGGGAGGCCGGGCUUCCAGUAACCACGACCUUAGCACAGACAAGGCUGUAGCGAGCAAAUUUAUCGCCCCGAACUUAACAGCGUGCCACCCAUCAUAUGGUCGUCCAGAUCUUCUUGUUCACUGUUGUCCUCCGGGGUUUGAAUCGCCAGUGCCCUUUGUCGAUUUCCAGUUUCCUGAUCCUCAAUCGCCAAAACGUGUGCGCAGGCCAGUCCAACUUGUGGACGAGAACUACAUCGCCAAAUACAACAAGGCUUUGUCGAUCAUGAAGUCCUUGCCAUACGAUGAUCCUCGAAGUUUUGCCCGUCAAGCCAACUUGCACUGUCUCUUUUGUACUGGAGCCUACGACCAACAAAACUCCAAUACCCCUCUUAGUAUUCACAGAACAUGGUUAUUCUUUCCCUGGCACCGCAUGAUGAUCUACUUCCACGAACGCAUCAUCGGUAGUCUAAUCGGAGAUGACACGUUUGCUUUUCCGGUUUGGACUUGGGACAUCCCUGAAGGAAUGGUGAUGCCGGAUAUUUACGCGAACAUGAAUUUAUCAUUCUUUCACAAGGUACGUGACUUUUCACAUUUUCCACCGCGGGUGGCAGAUUUGAACUACUUCGAGGAAACAAAUUUGAGUCCUCAAGAGCAGUUGGAUACAAACUUGGCAUUUAUGUAUAACCAAAUGGUAUCUGGUGCAAAGAAGACGGAAUUGUUCAUGGGAUGCACAUAUAAAGCCAAUGAAGGAUAUUGUAAUUCACCCGGCACUGUAGAGAGUGCCCCUCACAACACUUUGCAUACAUGGGUAGGGAGCAAUCUAGAACCUGGAAGGGAGGAUAUGGGUAAAUUCUACUCAGCAGCAAGAGACCCUAUUUUCUAUGCACAUCAUUCCAAUAUAGAUCGUCUUUGGGAAGUUUGGAGGGAGAUUCAUAAACAUGAAUUGGAUAUCAAAGAUCCAGAUUGGCUAAACUCUUUCUUUUUCUUUUAUGAUGAGAACUUGAAGCUGGUAAAGAUUAAGGUUCGUGAUGUUCUUGAUAUCUCCAAACUUGGUUAUUCUUACGAGGAGGUCGAUCGUCCGUGGUUGAAUAAACGUCCCACGCCUUCAGUUCCGCCAAAGGUAGCCCGUCAGAUAUUAAAAUCGAAAGAGAAUGAGAACCAAUUCCGACUGUCCUCUGAUUUCGGGCCCCAUGGUCGAGCUCUAGACGCUAGCUUGACAGUAAAGGUUAACAGGUCUAAAAAUCAUUUGACCAAGAGGGAGAAAGGAGAGGAAGAGGUCAUAGUUGUUCACGGCAUUGAAGUGAAAGGGGACGCAUAUGUUAAGUUUGAUGUGUAUGUAAACAUGGUUGAUCAGACGAUAAUCUCUCCAAAGUCCAGGGAAUUCGCGGGGACCUUCGCUCACAUUCCUGGGGGUGGGGAGAUGAUGAAGAGGAAGAUCGAUCUCAAACUGGGAGUGUCAGAACUAUUGGAAGAUUUGGAAGCAAAGGAAGAUGAAAGCAUCUGGGUCACAUUGUUGCCAAGGACAGCAAGUUGUAGCAGUGUAACAAUUGAAGGAGUACAAAUUAAGUAUAUCAAAUAAAUUCAUGUCUUCAUUAGAGAAAGAAGGAAUGAGAGAAAAACUUUUGAAGUCUCCUUUAUUUUGGAGAUCUCAUUUUUAGUCAUUGAAACAAAGAUAAAUAAUGUUUAUUUAAUGAUGGAAAAUAUUGUCUUUUAUUCUGUCUAGAUUCAGAGUAAUUUAUCGAAUAAAGUUAUUUUUCCCUCA